UGUUCUAUUUGUGAAAAAUGCUAAGGAUAUAAACUUUCGGGUUGGAAAAGUGCGCGCGGUUUCGAAAUUUGUCGGAGCGUAAUUUGUUGUUCGUAAUUCGCGGGUGUCUGUGCGCUCUCGGGCGCCCGCGCGGGUGUCCGGUCGGUCGCGAUUCGGUCGGACGAGCUAAACGCGGCGUCGGGCGGGUACACCGGCUCGCCGUGGCCGCCGCUCGAGCUGGACCCCGUGGGAUGGGGCCGCAAGCUGUACCCCUCAGGAGCGCCAAGGUCGUCAGGCGGACUUAUGUUCGGCCUGCACCACCAAGAGGCGGCGGGUGUUCACGCACAGCCCCGCGGGCCCGUCACAUCGCUGAAGGAAGAACCGCUCACCCGCGCUUGGAUGACACCGACCUCCUUAGUUGACAAUACGAAUAGCGUGGGUGUCGGUCGAGCGCACUUCGAGAAGCAGCCGCCCAGCAACUUGCGCAAGAGCAACUUUUUUCAUUUCGUCGUAGCUUUGUACGAUCGAGCGGGACAACCUAUUGAAAUUGAACGCACCGCUUUUAUAGGAUUUAUUGAAAAGGAUCAGGAAGCAGAAGGACAAAAAACAAAUAAUGGCAUCCAAUACAGACUUCAGUUACUUUAUGCAAACGGUAUCAGACAAGAGCAGGAUAUAUUCGUUCGACUAAUAGACUCCGUUACGAAACAGCCCAUUGUGUACGAAGGUCAGGACAAGAAUCCAGAAAUGUGCAGGGUUUUGUUAACACACGAAGUUAUGUGCAGUCGAUGUUGUGACAAGAAAAGCUGCGGCAAUAGGAAUGAAACUCCAUCAGAUCCUGUCAUCAUAGAUCGAUUUUUUCUGAAAUUCUUCUUAAAAUGCAACCAAAACUGCUUGAAAAAUGCCGGCAACCCAAGAGAUAUGAGAAGAUUUCAGGUGGUGAUAUCAACCCAAGUGAUGGUGGACGGGCCCCUCCUGGCGAUAUCGGACAACAUGUUCGUCCACAACAACAGCAAGCACGGCCGCCGCGCCAAGCGCCUCGAUCCGACUGAAGGUACAGAGGCUGCCCUCGAACCUACUUCGGGGCUAUAUCCACCGUUGCCCGUAGCAACGCCGUGCAUCAAAGCAAUAUCACCUAGUGAAGGCUGGACGUCAGGGGGUUCGACGGUCAUAAUAGUGGGGGAUAAUUUCUUCGAUGGCCUUCAAGUAGUCUUCGGAACUAUGCUAGUUUGGAGUGAGUUAAUAACGUCACACGCAAUAAGAGUUCAAACGCCUCCGAGACACAUACCGGGCGUCGUGGAAGUUACAUUGUCGUACAAGAGUAAACAGUUCUGUAAAGGAGCGCCCGGAAGAUUUGUUUAUGUUUCAGCUCUCAACGAGCCUACGAUAGAUUACGGAUUUCAGCGGCUUCAGAAACUUAUACCGAGACAUCCGGGCGAUCCCGAGAAACUGCCUAAGGAAAUAAUACUAAAGCGAGCGGCGGAUUUAGCAGAAGCGUUAUACUCAAUGCCUCGCAACAACCAGUUGGGUUUGGGAGCUCCUCGCUCACCGCCCGCCAGUAUGCCCUUCAACUCGUACACAGGACAGCUUGCUGUUAGUGUACAGGACACUGCCACUUCGCAGUGGACGGAAGAAGACUACGCCCGUAGCGGCGGCUCGGUGUCGCCGCGCUACUGCUCGGCCGCCAGCACGCCGCACGCCUCCUACCCGCACCCGCAGCACUACCCCGCGCCGCCCACCUCGCUCUUCAACACCACCACCAGAAUGAGUGGUCUAGUAUCAUCUCCAUUCAGUGUGAAUCCAUUCUCUCUUCCAACGUGCAGCGCGCAACAAUACGCACAAACAGCGCCUCUUGCUUCGAAGUAAUGUUCUUUUUAUAUUUUCUUAAUGUUAUUUAGUCUUUUACAAGUUUUUAAACUGUAUUUAACGUAUACAUUGUAUUUUUAUG